AUGAGCAACAAUUCUCUGAAGCCACCGGGAGCCGACUUGAAGCGUGUCGCUUCCUACACCUGGCCCGCAGGUCACGCCGGCCAACUCUCCGACUCUCAAUCAUCGGCACUUGAAGAGUUCAAGAAACUCUGCCACCGAAAAGGAUACUACGAACCCGCCGAUCCCGAGUCCAAAACAUCCGCCUCCCAUGACGAUGAGACGCUUCUAAGAUAUCUCCGUGCAAGGAAGUUCGUUCCCAACGAUGCUUUUGGUCAAUUCAAAACCACAGAAGACUGGCGGAAGGAGAACCAGCUGGAUUCCCUCUACGAAGGAAUUGAUGUCCAAGAGUAUGAGCAGACCCGACGUCUCUAUCCACAAUGGACGGGACGGAGAGACAACCGUGGCAUCCCUCUCUACGUUUUCGAAGUCGCCAAUGUGAAAUACAAGGACAUCACUGCAUAUGAGCAGGACUCGGACCGGGAUAAGAAAAAAGGAAAGGAUGCGGUCAAGAGCAAGGUUCCCAGGAAGAUGUUGCGCUUGUUCGCGUUGUAUGAGAACAUGUGUCGUUUCGUUCUUCCACUCUGUUCGGCCAUUCCUGGUCGUCCGAAUGCUUCCACCCCCGUCAGUCAGAGCAGMAACAUUGUGGACAUUUCCAAGGUGGGAUUGAAGCAGUUUUGGAAUCUCCGCUCCCAUCUGCAAGACUCUUCCGCUCUUGCUACUGCUCACUACCCGGAAACGCUGGAUAGAAUCUUCGUGAUUGGUGCUCCCAGCUUCUUCCCUACUGUGUGGGACUGGGUGAAGAAUUGGUUCGAUCCGAUUACCGUCGCCAAGAUUCAAAUCGUGCCAGAUGGGAAGAAGUUGGAAGUCUUGAGUAGAUUUAUCCCCAUGGAGAACAUUCCCWAGAAGUAUGGAGGACAGCUGGACUGGAGUUUUGGAGACAUGCCUUUCCUGGAAGACAAAAUCGUUGAAUCAAUGAGGUGGAAGGAAGAUGUCAAAGAAAAGGGACACAGAACAUUCCCCAUUGGACCAAUCAAGUGGGAGUAUGAUCAAGACGGCGAUCUGGUUGCAGUGGGAGUUGGCAGCGAAAACGGCGCGCCGCGGAAGACAGUCUUGGCGGGUCUACAUCCUGAUGCUGGAGUUGCCAGACUUGCUCUCAGUCCUGGAAGACAAUCUGCUCAGAGAUUUGCUUCUGCAUCUGGACAAGCACCCACACCUGCGAGUCAGAGUGAGAAGAAGGAAUCCAACGGAAACCCGAUUGAACCAACUACCAUGGCUACCAGUACUGCAACAAUGGACGGAGCGUCUACACCUGUUGUGCAAACAGAACAGAAUGGCGAACCAAAGUCUUUCAACACAGUCGCCGCUUCAAAGCUGGCUCCCGAGACUACUCCUGCAACGACAACAUCAUCCGACCCAGAACACAUCCGCAACGAAUCCUCUGAAUCUUCCCUCCCAGAGACAUCCCGAGCAGGAACCUACACCGUCCCCUACCACGACAAAGAAGUCUCCUCACCACCCGCAGAUUCCCGUCAAGGAACUUCCUCAACCCGCUUCGAGCAACAAAGCGGCACACACGCUGAAGGCCAAUUAGAGCACGGAACACCAAACACCACCAUCGACGGUCAAGGAACAAGCCACACCGUCGUGGAAACCCGCACCGUAGGUCAAGCUCCGAAAGAAACUCCUCUCAUCGAUGAUGGAGCCGAGAAACCCGGCGUGCUCGAGCAAGCGCAACAAUUAGCCGGCCAAGCCGUUGAACAAGUCUCGGCACUCCCAGCAGUUGUGAUGGGAGCCGUGGGACUGGGAAGCAAGACUGAAGAGAAGGAAGAGGAAGUCAAGGAGAAGAAGGUAGACCCUAGAGUCGAUGAAUUGGAUGAUAAAAUUGUGGAGGAGUUUGUGAGGGAUUUGAGUAUGACGAAACAGCAGAUUAAAUGA